AUGAGUACUGCGAGCAAGAAGAAGGUCAAGAAUGCUGAAGACAAGGAGGCAGAAUACACAAUAAAGCCAACUUCUGUCACUCCAUCUCUCGACACAUCCAAGUGGCCUCUGCUCUUAAAGAACUAUGACAAGCUCCAUGUAAGGACGGGCCAUUACACGCCCAUACCGAAUGGAACUUCACCACUGAAGCGUGAUAUAGACAACUAUGUCAGAUACGGAGUCAUCAAUCUCGACAAACCAGCCAAUCCAAGUUCACACGAAGUCGUAGCUUGGAUUCGACGUAUCCUUCGAGUCGACAAAACUGGUCACUCUGGUACUCUGGAUCCAAAAGUAACGGGCUGUUUGAUUGUAUGUGUGGAUCGGGCCACUCGGCUGGUAAAGUCGCAGCAAGGUGCCGGAAAGGAAUAUGUCUGUGUAUUAAGGCUACAUGAUGCUAUCGAAUCAGAACGAAAACUCUCUCAGGCACUGGAAACAUUAACAGGAGCUCUAUUCCAACGUCCCCCUCUCAUCUCUGCCGUCAAACGACAACUCAGAAUCCGAACAAUCCAUGAACAAAAGCUACUCGAGUUUAACAAUGAACGACAUCUUGCCGUAUUUUGGGUGUCUUGUGAAGCUGGAACUUACAUCAGAACAUUAUGUGUACAUCUCGGCCUGCUACUGGGUGUCGGAGGUCAUAUGCAAGAACUUCGACGAGUCCGAUCUGGUGCCACGUCUGAAGAUGAUGGAAUGGUGACGAUGCACGAUGUCUUGGAUGCUCAAUGGGUGUUGGAUAACAGCAAAGAUGAAUCAUAUCUAAGACGAGUCAUUCGACCACUUGAAUCACUCCUUACAACAUACAAAAGAAUAGUAGUCAAAGAUUCUGCUGUCAAUGCUAUAUGUUAUGGUGCCAAACUCAUGAUUCCUGGUUUACUGCGAUAUGAAUCUGGUAUUGAUAUAACAGAAGAAGUGGUGUUGAUGACUACAAAGGGUGAGGCCAUCGCCCUUGGUAUCGCUGAAAUGUCCACCGCAGAAAUGGCAACAUGUGACCACGGCAUUGUCGCCAAGAUAAAACGAGUCAUUAUGGAACGUGAUACCUAUCCUCGUCGAUGGGGUCUAGGUCCAAAGGCUCAAGAAAAAAAGAAAAUGAUUAAAGAAGGCAAAUUGGACAAGUUUGGACGAGCAACUAAAGAUACUCCCAAUACUUGGACCAAAGGAUAUACCGACUAUGCCACCGGCAUGAAUGUGGCCGGACAUGUCAAUAGUCUGGCCCACACUCAAAUUGAAGCUGUUGUAGAGAGCACCGCUCAAAAGCGAAAGGCACCAGAGCCCGAAGCCGCAUCAACCGAAGAACCUCCAAAGAAAAUCAAAAAGAAGAAAUCAAAGGUUGCUGAAGACGGAGAAGCGGAAGUCGCAGCCCCAGAAGUGCCAGCACUGGCAUCUGCAAAUGGUGAAGCUGAAGAAGAGAAGCCAAAGAAAAAGAAAAAGAAGAGCAAAGUAGCUGAAGAAGCUGAUGCUUGA